AUGUCUAACAAGGCCGCUACCCUUCUCGCCGCCCUCUCGGGUGCUGCCCUCGUUGCCGCCCACGGCCACGUCUCCCACAUCAUCGUGAACGGUGUCUACUACCAGAACUAUGACCCGACAACCCACUUCUACCAGCCCAACCCCCCUACCGUGAUCGGCUGGUCUGCUCUUCAGCAGGACAACGGCUUCGUCGAGCCCAACAACUUCGGCACCACCGACAUCAUCUGCCACAAGUCUGCUGCUCCUGGCGGCGGCUCUGCCACUGUCAACGCCGGUGACAAGAUCUCCAUCGUCUGGACCCCCGAGUGGCCCGAGUCCCACAUCGGCCCCGUCAUCGACUACCUCGCCAACUGCAACGGCCCCUGCGAGACCGUCGACAAGACCUCCCUCCGCUGGUUCAAGAUCGGCGGUGCCGGCUACAACCCCAACACCCGCACGUGGGCCGCCGACGACCUCCGUGCCAACGGCAACAGCUGGCUCGUCCAGAUCCCCGCCGACCUCAAGGCCGGCAACUACGUCCUCCGCCACGAGAUCAUCGCCCUCCACGGCGGCUCUUCCCCCAACGGCGCCCAGGCCUAUCCCCAGUGCCUGAACCUCCGCAUCGUCGGCAACGGCAACAACUCCCCCGCCGGUGUCGCCGGCACCUCCCUCUACCGCGCCAACGACGCCGGCAUCCUCUUCAACCCCUACGUCGCCAGCCCCAACUACCCCGUCCCCGGCCCUGCCCUCAUCGCCGGCGCCGUCAGCUCCAUCCCCCAGAGCAAGUCCACCGCCACCCGCACCGCCUCUGCCACCCUCCCCGGCGCUCCCGUCGUCACCCCCACCGCCGGCCCCGUCGUCACCACCUCCUCCGCCCCUGUCGUCCAGCCCCCCACCACUACCCUCGUCACUGUCACCUCCGCCCCUGCCACCUCUGCCGCUCCCGCUCCUACCGGCGGUGCUGGUGUUGCUCCCAAGUGGGGACAGUGCGGUGGCAACGGCUGGACUGGCCCUACCGUUUGCGCUUCCGGCUCUACUUGCACUGUUCUCAACCCUUACUACAGCCAGUGCAUCUAA